GGAGGUUGACAAUUCAAGAUGGCGUCCCACGAUGAAGCAGGAAAGAGGUUUCAAUCUAAAUAAAACUCAUUCGGAGAACAGCUUGGACCCGAGUGUCAUCUGGAUAACACAUCGUUAGGAUUUCGGAAAACACAGGACGGAGCAGAUACAGAGUCUCUAAAUGGCUGCGAGGAAGUCUGGAUCAGAUGUACACAACAAUGGACCCAUCAGCUACCUUGAUGAUGUUCCCUUCAAGAUCAAUGAAAAGUUUCGGUGUCCGGCCAAAGUGGGGCUGCCUGUUGGUUUCUGUCUGCCAGACUGUGGCUCUGUACUGGCUGAUAUGCAGUAUGACUUCUCCCUGGAGCGGCGGAGCGUGCGCUGGGGGAUGGAACUGGCUGAGGCCAGGGCAGCAGAGGCCAGAGCAGCAGAAGCAGCAGCAGCAGCCAGACAGGAGUCAGAGAGUAGGGAGUGCUUGGCCCAGUCCCAGGACAUUGAUGGUGGUGGAGGGAAGAGACCUCGGCCGGCUGGAGAGGACCAGGAUCCUCCACCCCCAGCGUUGAACCCUGUUCUGGCAGGACUGAGCCAUAACGCCAUCCUCACCCCCCUGCCUGCUCCAAGCCUUGGCCCCAGGAAGACUCAGCCAAGCACUCCUCAACCACACAGCCUCAACCUAGCAGACUUUGAGCGGGAAGAGGACCCCUUUGAUAAGCUGGAACUCAAGACUUUGGAUGAUAAGGAGGAGCUCCGAAACAUCCUACAGAGUCAGCCACAGCCCCAGCCUCCUCCUUCUGUAUCCUCGCCUGAGGCCAUCCAGCUUGGGCCAGCUUCACGUGGCAGUAGCCCCUCUCCUCCCAGCACCAACACCAGCCUCUCAUCCAAACCGGGCUUCACCCACAAACCCAACGGGCUUGUUAACUUACUGGACAUGGACAGAGCGGGGCAUCCUGGGAGAGGGGGGUUAGACACAGAUGAUCGGCCCUGUAACAUUCGCUCUCUCACAUUCCCCAAGCUCUCUGAUCCUGGGGACAGUGACCCUGCCCCAGUGGGGUACACCCCGUUCCCUGUACCUGUUCCUGCUCCCCGAAAGAGCCUACCCAAUGGGAGCCCCCCAACCCUACCCAAGAGCCACGUCAUUGUCGGCCCAGAACCACCUAGCCACACCAAGAGUGGAGAACCCAAACAGGCCAACCCAGGGUCAGGCUCUGGUCUGCCGUGCGGAGGAGCCCUUCUUAGCCUGACUCCCAGUGAGCGUCAGUGUGUGGAAACCAUUGUGGGCAUGGGGUAUUCUUAUGAAGGUGUCCUGCGAGCCAUGCAGAGACAAGGGCAGAAUGUGGAGCAGGUACUGGACUAUUUGUUUGUCCACGGACGUCUGUGUGAGCGGGGCUUUGAUGCCAGUGCAGUGGAGGAGUGUCUGGAGAUGUACCAGUGUUCUGAGGAAAAGGCCUUGCAGUUCCUUGAGCUCAUGUCAAGGUUUGGGGAGAUGGGCUUUGAACGGGAUACCAUCAAGGAGGUGCUGCUGGUUCACAACAAUGACCAGGACAAGGCUCUUGAGGACCUGAUGGCCCGUGCUGCAGCCAGCUGAGCCCAGCUAACCAGCCAACCAGUGCCCAGCCCAGGGCUCGCCUCCCGCUAUCACCCGACGCAGUUCUCUUCCUUCUGCCUACCCUAUCACACUAAGACCUGCCCUUGCCCUGGCUGUGGAAGGGACAGCUGGGAGACAGUUUUAUUUCCCUCUAUGUGCUAAAACUUAUUAUGUCUCAGCACUUCUUAAAGACUGUGUGCCUAGAGUGGUGGGGGUCAAAGUCUAAGAAUUCUUGAUGGUCUUUUUUUUUUUUUUUUUUUUUUUGGUAAGAAGCCCUAGGAUCCAGUUCCAGAUUUGGUACUGCUUGGGGAUUCAAGGAUGGAUUGCGAAAGAGAGAGACUUCAAGUAUUGUGCUGUGAUGUUUUGAUGCCAUGCUGAUGGCUACCACUUUGAAGUGUGUGGCUGACUGCAGGCGGGCUGCAACACCUCAGUGGGAGGAGCCUGGAGCCUUUCAGCGCUUCAUUGAAAGACCAGUUUGAACACUGACACUCUCAGCCAACUAAGCUGCCAUCUUCCACUGCUCAGUGCAGACCUAGUAAAUGGUGGAGGGCAUAGGGGGCCCUGAGACGGCCCUCUUAUAAUUGAACCAACUAACAUCAUGACAGAAAAAAAGCAAAAGGGCACCGUCACCAGACAGAGAACUGACUCCCAAGAAGUGCCCUCUCUGCUCUGGCGCCUGGUUCUGUCCUGCUCUCUGAUUCAUGUUUUCUCUGCUCUUAUUCAUUUUGUCUGUUUAUUUGUUCUGGGGGCAAGUUUCCAUGUCAUUUUAGAGAUUCCAUUACUUUGCUUUUGGUUUCAUGAACUGCAUAAUCGAUCCAUAAAGUCAUGAUAAUUCUUAACUUAAAAGUGAUAACUACUGCCCCAGUAGGCUCUUGGACCUGCACUGGAAUGGACUGCUAAAGGAAUGGAGAGGGGGAGGAGGGAGUUCCUCUGUAGGAAAUAUUAAGACAUGUCCCAACACACACCCCACUGGAAUUAAUGUGUCAGAUAUUGCACAGACGCACACACAUUUCAUUGAUUAUUGACUUAUUUAAAAUAGUACACUGACACUUUCAUUUAAAAAUAAAGAGCUCUUCUUUAUCAUACAAAAAAGGCUGAAGUGAAGCUGUUGAUUGUUAUUGGCUUCUGUUUGUAGAAUGAAAAAGAGUCAGUGGAGAAAAAGU